AUGGAUAAUUAUAUUUUUAUCAGAGUGGUUGGGAAAGGGAGCUACGGAGAGGUGAACUUGGUGAGGCAUAGAGCAGACCGAAAACAGUAUGUGAUAAAAAAGCUGAAUUUAACCACCUCCUCAAAACGGGAACGUCGGGCUGCUGAGCAGGAGGCGCAGCUUCUAUCCCAACUGCGACAUCCCAACAUUGUGACAUACAGGGAAUCCUGGGAAGGAACCGACCUUCAACUUUACAUCGUGAUGGGCUUCUGCGAAGGCGGCGACCUCUAUCACAGACUCAAACAGCAAAAGGGAGAGCUGCUACCAGAGAGGCAGGUGGUGGAAUGGUUUGUCCAGAUCGCCAUGGCGCUCCAGUAUCUUCAUGAAAGGAACAUUCUUCAUCGAGACCUGAAAACACAAAAUAUCUUCCUGACCAAGACCAAUAUCAUUAAAGUCGGGGACCUCGGCAUUGCACGGGUCUUGGAGAACCAGAACGAUAUGGCGAGCACACUUAUUGGAACUCCUUACUAUAUGAGUCCAGAGCUGUUCUCUAAUAAACCCUACAAUCACAAGUCAGACGUAUGGGCCCUAGGUUGCUGUGUUUACGAAAUGUCUACACUAAAACACGCCUUUAAUGCCAAGGAUAUGAAUUCACUCGUCUAUCGCAUCGUAGAAGGAAAGUUGCCACAGAUGCCAAGCAAAUACGACCCUCAGCUCGGAGAGUUGAUCAAGCGCAUGUUGUGUAAAAGGCCGGACGACCGGCCGGAUGUCAAACUCAUUCUGCGGCAACCUUACAUCAAGCAACAAAUUGCUUUGUUCCUGGAGGCCACCAAAGAAAUAACUGCUAAAUCGAGAAAAAAAGCCGCUGGUGGUAACAGUGUUGUUAAAAGCAACGAUGUAGCCAUUGUGGUGCAGCCUCAGCGAAAACCCGAGCAAAGACUUCCAAGUCCUCAGCCAGAAUCUAUUCCGAGGUUAAAACCGAAGGACAAAUCACAGCCACACAAAAAUCACGCUGACUGCAUCCCUGUUCGGAAAACUCCCCCGCCCAAGCCGUCCUUGCCCGACGUUCUCAAAAGCAGCAUCACCUCCGUGGCCAGUAUCAGCAACAUCCAAGUUGAGAUGAAUCCCCAGGAAGGUGCAAAUGCAAUGAGGAAGCCAUUAGAGACAUCUCAGUUAGCUUUAGCACAACAGCACACUAAGACAAAGGAUGUCAAGCCCCCGCUGAAACUCGUCUCGGCAGCUGGUAGGAAGGGAGAAGAUGAGAAAAAAGUAUCUCAUGAAGUUCGUCCUUUUCGGGGCACCUUUUCUGUCCCUGAUGACACAAUGGAACUCCUUAAAGAAGCUAACACACCAGCUAACAUACCAGAACCGAAGCUAGAAGCGGAGCAAGGAUCAGAUUUGGAGAAGAGAUCUGAACAGAAAAUCACCUUGGAAAAGGCAGAGAUAAAUAUGAAGUGUAUUCAAACUGAUUCAGUGAAUGUCAACGGAGUUCAAACACGACAUACGCAUGAGAACUUGGAGUCGACAGAAAAGCUGCUAGAGCCAUUGCCUCCAACAGUUGAACCUCCUGUAGACAAGUUCCUCUCUGCCCAAGAACCUGCUGUCUCACUUGAUCACAGUGGGAGGGACAAAAGACCAACAAGUGUUGAUCAUCAGAAGACCAUCGCGCCCAGACCUCUGCUUCUGCAUCCUGUUGAAUCGUCAUUAGAACCGAGAAAUAGCAAGAUACUGGACGAGAAUCUAACAUUGAAAACAUGUGGAGACGGCCUAUUUAAUCGACCCAAGGAGCGCCCUCUAUCUGCCAGAGAGAGAAGGCGGCUGAGGCAAUCACGAGACACUGUCUGCCAAUCAGGUGCUGUAAGAACAUCUCAAGAUGUCACUGCCUCCAAGGCCAAACACUGUAACAUUCCAAUUUCCAACUCUGACUGUGUUACUCAGAGCAAUCAGGAAAAGGACGAAGACGAAUACAGUUCCUCCACAAGCUCCACAGAACACGCAGAGGGAGAUUGCAAAGAAAGGCGAGUCGACUCCAACGACAUGCAAGAUUUAGUCCACAUGAUGACCCAAACUUUGGGGAUUGGCGACGUGGACAAACGUGAAUACGACUCCACGUCGUUGCCGGAAUUCAAACUGAACCGGAAGUACAGGGACACCCUCGCGCUGCACGGCAAGGCUCGACAGGAAGCGGAGAACUUGUCCCUGGGUGAAAUCCCAAUAGGCUCUACGUCCGGUACAGCCAAGAUCAGGAGGGCCGUCGAGCACCUGAGAACUGAUGUGGUGAAGGGCCUUGGGGUCAAGCUCUUGGACAAAGUCCUGGAAAUCAUGGAGGAGGAGGAUGACACUAAACGAGAACUUUGCCUACGUCAACAAAUGGGCGAUGACAAGUAUCACGCUUAUGCUGUGAUGGUGAGACAACUGAAAUUCUUCGAGGAGAUCGCCUUCAAGGUUUAG